CGGGCUUGCGAAGAUGGCGGAGAUCGCCGGUGUCCCGGCGGCUGGCGGGGCUGUUUCCCGGCUCCCCGGCAGCGCGAGGUGAAUGCGGCUGGAGGCGGAGGCGGCUGCGGCGGAGGAGGGCGGCGCCGCCAGCGGGAUGAGCCGGCGGAGGAAGCACGCGGGCAGCCCCGCCAGGAGGAGCACGCCUCGCAGGGCCACCGCCGAGGACGGCCGCCCGCCGCUGGAGACCGAGUCCCGCCGGCCCAAGGCGCCUCGCGACUCCCGGCUCUGCAGGGCGGGAGCGCGGCCCUGGCGGCGGGAGACGCGCGGGGCGGCAGCUGACGGCGGGCGCAGCCCCGGGGAAAAGUAUGAGACACCAACAAGACUUCUGAAAACAGAUCUGUUGUCCUGUGCCUUCAGUUCUCCGAAUGAUCCAGAUGGACAGACCGAUAUCUUCUGGGAUCAAAAUUCUCCAAUGACCAAACAGUUAGGUAAAGGAAGAAAAAAGAAGAUUUCUAGUACAUUCACUGAUGAGAUUUCACAUAUUGUCAAUCGUAUUGCUCCUCAGGAUGAGAAACCAGUGACAAACUCCAUGCUGGGUGUGUGGAUUGGUGACACUGCUAUUCCUUGUACUCCUAGUGUAGCAAAAGAAAAGUCAAGAGUGAAAAUCAGCUGCACAAAGUUAAAAUCACAAAAUCGAGAAAAAGAACUUAUGAAAUUGGCUAAGCAGUUUGAUAAAAAUAUGGAAGAACUUGAUGUGAUUCAAGAGCAAGAUGGGAGGAAUCAUGAUUUCAUCCAGACAACUUCAGAAGUGGGGCAUUCACACAAUCAUAAAGAUUCUGUAUGGAUGGAGACAGAUGGUGAAGUUCCUGAAACCAAUUAUGCUCUGGUAAAGAAGCAGCUGGAAGGAAACACUGGGAUAUCUAUGGCAAAGGAGCAAGACAGCAGUCAGAAACCCUUUGACCAUAGUGUUGAAGCAGCCCUUAAUGCUAUUUUUGAUGGCUCCACUCAGAUGUGUAGCGGACAGCUAAGCCAAGAUCUGUCAUCAGAUGCUGCUUUGAACAAUAGUAAAAGUGUUUUUGUAAAGAAAAGUAGCUUAAUAGAAGAGGAAAUCAUUAUUAAUGAAACUCUCCUCACUGAAAACCUGCCAAAUAAAGCUUCAAUAUCACCUUCCCCUCAGGUAGAUACUGCCUUACUGCGAAAACCAUGUGUGACUCCCUGUGCUAAGAAGCUAGAAGCAUCUAGUAAACAUCCUACUAGUGAUUUUGAGGAUGACUGGGAGAGCUUACUAAGCAGUGAACCUUUCCUUAUGGAGAAUGCCGAAAUGCUUGAACUCUUUCCUUCCACAACUGCCCAAAUUACUGGUCAGAAGGCAAUGUGUACUGUUAUUGCUAAGAGUGAUACAAUCACAUCAAGAGCAAAUAUGGAUCUAGGUGGAAAGUUAAGAGACUCAAAUGUAACUCUGGAUCUUCCUUCAAAGACAUGUAACAGAGAAGAACUAAGAAAUUCUGGAGGUUAUAGAUUUUUACCACAUUCAAGUAGUGAGUCAAGCAAAUUACCAUUCACUGGAAAUAAAGUGAGUGUUGAGAAAUCUUUCAGUAACAUUAAAGAUGAAGAUUGUGUUGAUGUCUCUAAUCUUAUCAGAGCAAAAGAAGAUAGCACGUUCAAUGUACGGGCUUCUGGCAAUUCUGGUUCAUAUACAAGGUGCCCUAGUGAACAAAAAUAUGGACUCAAUGUUAACCUGCCUUUGAAAGCACCUGUUGACACUGCGCCCUGUGGUUCUGUAUUCUUGGACAAAGAAAACAGUGUUUGUAACACAAAUCAGAAUAAUAGAUUAAAGUUCAGUUCUUCCCUUGAUGACUGGAAUGAUCCCUUGGUGGCCAGUGAAAUGAUUAAAGUAUGCAGCGAGUUAGAGACUACCUGGGAAGCCGAUGAUGUAGAUGAUGAUUUGUUGUAUCAGGCAUGUGAUGACAUUGAAAGACUAACUCAGCAAGAAAACAAGUGCAGCAAGCAGUCAGAAAGUAUAAGUAACACUUCCAAACAGGGGUGCAGAAAUACGUAUACUGUGUCUAAACAAAGAAUCCCAUCGGUGCCUUCUAAACAUUGGAACCUUGUCAGCUCCUCAGUGCUACCGUCCUUAACAGAUCACUCACAGACACAUAAAUCAGUGACAGUGGGAAAGAGAGACCCAUGUGGAGAUAACUCCAAUAUUUUGAAUGCUGCAACAAAUUUGUCUGUGUGUUCUAGAAAUUCAAUUGAUAAUCAACGUGUGCCAGUACAGGUGAAUGGCUCAAAGUUUAUUCUUGCAGGAAGUUCAAGUUUGAAUGUUAGUUUGGGUCAAGUAAGCAGAGGAAUUGCUACCAAUACGAAGUUCAGUACUCAUCAACUAUCCCACAACACCUUAGCAGAUAAAACUGAAAAAGACAACAAAACAUUGAGGUUUUCAAAAUUUACAUUUAAGACAAAGAAUCCUCAGGUUCUUUCCCAGUUAAAUCAAAAUUAUAUAGCAGGAAAUAUGCCUGUUAGCAAAAUCUUGCAGGAUUUAGAAAAAAAGGAAACUGUCAAUUCAUUGCUCGAGGCCAAUCACCAGCAAUCUUCAAUAAAAUAUUCUGAGUCUUUGAAACCAUCUUCUAAAGAUGAAGAAGAGAGGAAUAGAAAGUAUUCCCCUGAAGAAAUUCAACGAAAAAGGCAGGAAGCACUGGUUCGAAGAAAGGCCAAAGCCCUGGCGCUGCCCUCUGUGCAUCCAGCCCCCGUUUCACUUCUCUGAUGAACUUUGAGUUAGACGGUUUCAACUGUUAAUAACUAUCUGUGAUAGGACUUUCGUUCUUGGUUUCUCUGUGAGAAAUUUAAUGCUGACUUACAAAGCAUGAGUGUCUACUUUAUUAUUUAAUAAAUCAGUGUUUACCGUGGGAAAUGAAACUUUCUUGUAGAUGUAUGUGAAUUAUGUAUAUGCUUUUGAAAAGUUAACAGUUAUGUAUAUACAGAGGGAAGUAUUUGUCUUUAUUACAUACAGAGGCUGAGCAUCAAAAAUAAGCAGCUGUAAAGCUAACAAAUUAAAAUGACUAAACAGUGA